GGCAACGCUGGACCGGGUGAGUCAGCGGCCCCGUGACAGCCAGGAGGGGAGGACCACGCAGACGGCGCCCUUCAUUUUCAGCCUUCACGCCGCUAACAAGGGACUCACGCACUACUAACAUUCACUGGCCAUGGACCCCGGCGAGGAGGGUGAUGGGGGUGGCGGGGGCCUGGAGACGGUGGUGGCGGUGGCAGACGUGGAGGCGGUGGCACGACACCUGCAGCGCGUCGCCCAGGUGAUGCUGGAGGAGGACGACAAGCCGUCGGCCGAGCUGGUGACAGCCAUCCGCAGCGUCCAGGCCCUGGAGGUGGUGCGCAAGUUUGUGGCCGACCCCCAGACCAAGUCUGUCCUCAUACAGCGCUGUGCCACUAAGGAGGACACAGAGGAGGGAGCUGAGGUGGAGGAGGAGAAGGAGGUGGUGUAUCACAUCUCCAGCGGUGUGUACUUCACCUCCAUAAAGAUGAACAGCCUGUUGUGUCUGAAGCGCGGUGGAGUGGUGGAGGCGGACAAACCCAUCGGCUCUCAGAUCCGCACGUGGAGUCUCAGCGAGGGGUCCCCCUACGAGACCCUGCAUGACUACGUGGCCAAUGCCUUCGCCCCUUACUUCAAAGCCUACGUUAAGGAGACCGGCAAAAUUGAGAGGGAUGGGGACAAGAUGGCCCCGUCGGUGGAGAAGAAGAUUGCUGAGCUGGAGAUGGGGCUGCUUCACCUCCAGCAGAACAUUGACAUUCCAGACAUUUCUCUGCCCAUACACCCAACAGUGGCACAAGUGAUCAAGAUGUGUGCCGAUGAAGGGACCCGGCCCAAGGUGGCAGACUUCGGGGACCGUGUUGAGGACUCUAACUUUCUCAACCAGCUGCAGAACGGUGUGGCGCGCUGGAUCAGGGAGAUACAGAAGGUGACCAAGUUGGACAGGGACCCCUCCAGCGGGACAGCCUUGCAGGAGAUCAGUUUCUGGCUCAACCUUGAACGUGCGCUACUCAAGAUCCAGGACAAGAGAGAGAGUCUGGAAGUGGCACUCACCCUCGAUGUCCUCAAGCAUGGCAAGCGCUUCCACGCCACUGUCUCCUUCGACACAGACACAGGUCUGAAGCAAGCUCUGGCCACAGUGAAUGACUACGCCCCCCUCAUGAAGGACUUUCCCCUCAACGACCUGCUGGCGGCCACUGAGCUGGAGAAGAUUCGCUCAGCCGUGCAGGCCAUCUUCAACCACCUGCGUAAGAUUCGCUCCACCAAGUACCCCAUCCAGCGCGCCCUCAGGCUGGUGGAGGCCAUAUCCCGGGACCUCUCCUCACAGAUCCUGAAGGUGUUGGGUACCCGUCGGCUGAUGCACAUUGCCUUUGAGGAGUUCGAGAAGGUGAUGAGCCAGUGCUUUGAUGUGUUCGUCACCUGGGAUGAUGAGUACGAGAAGCUUCAGGGGCUGUUGAGAGACAUUGUGAAGAAGAAGCGCGACGAGCAACUCAAGAUGGUUUGGCGAGUGUCCCCGGCCCACAAGAAGCUCCAGACUCGCAUGGAACAGAUGCGUAAGUUCCGGCGUCAGCACGAGCAACUGAGGACAGUGAUUGUGCGUGUGCUGCGUCCCACUGUUGUCAAGACCACUACACUGGCGGACGGCGACACGGCUGACCUCAAGCCGGAGAUGGAUGCCGCUGACCUUAACGCUAUCGAAGAGGUGAACCUUGCCUACGAGAACGUGAAGGAGGUGGACGGCCUGGACAUUAGCAAGGAGGGCACUGAGAUGUGGGAGGCGGCUCUGAAGCGUUACGACGAGAGGAUCGAUCGUGUUGAGACUCGCAUCACAGCGCGCCUCAGGGACCAGCUGGGCACGGCCAAGAAUGCCAACGAAAUGUUCCGUAUCUUCUCGCGGUUCAAUGCCCUGUUCGUGCGGCCACACAUCCGCGGCGCUAUCCGGGAGUACCAGACACAGCUCAUCCAGAGGGUCAAGGAUGACAUUGAGAGCCUCCAUGAGAAGUUCAAGGUGCAGUACCCUCAGAGCAAGUGUUGCCGCAUGAGCACAGUGAGGGACCUGCCUCCCGUGUCUGGCUCCAUCAUUUGGGCCAAGCAGAUUGACCGGCAGCUGACGGCCUACAUGAGGCGUGUGGAGGAUGUGCUGGGCAAGGGCUGGGAGAGCCAUGUGGAGGGGCAGAAGCUGAAGGGUGACGGAGACUCCUUCAGACUCAAGCUCAACACUCAGGAUAUCUUUGAUGACUGGGCAAGAAAGGUUCAGCAGAGGAACUUGGGUGUGGCCGGCCGUAUCUUUGCCAUCGAGACACACCGCUCCAAGACAGGCAAGGGCAAUGAGUGCAAGCUGAAGGUCAAUUUCCUCCCGGAGAUCAUCACCCUAUCCAAGGAGGUGCGCAACUUGAAGAACCUGGGUUUCCGGGUCCCGCUGGCCAUCGUCAACAAGGCUCACCAGGCCAAUCAGCUGUACCCCUUCGCCAUCUCCCUCAUUGAGAGUGUGCGCACCUACGAACGGACGCUGGAGAAGCUGUUGUCGCGAGGGGGACCCCACAGCCCCGCCAUCAAGGCCACCUCCUUGAUGGAAGACAAAACCAACAUCUUGCUGCUCGUUGCCGGCAUGCGCAAGGAGGUGCAAGGACUGGUGUCUGAGGGCAUGUCCUUGGUGUGGGAGUCAUACAAACUGGACCCAUACGUGCAGCGGCUGGCUGAGUGCGUCUUCAGUUUCCAGGAGAAGGUGGAUGACUUGCUGGUACUGGAGGAACAGCUGGAUGUGGAUGUGCGGUCACUGGACACCUGCCAGUAUGCCCACUCCACCUUUGCCGAGAUCCUCAACAAAAUUCAGAAGGCAGUGGAUGACCUCUCCCUCCACCAGUACUCCAACCUCCACAUCUGGGUGCAGAGGCUGGACGAGCAGGUUGAGAAGAAGCUCGCCACCCGCCUCCAGGCUGGCCUCCAAGCGUGGACAACAGCUCUCCUUGGGCAGCGACAGAAGGAUGAGGACAUUGACAUUCCCAUGGACACUGACACCCCAGACAAGCCCACCCACAAGCCUGGAGGAGACCCCAAGAUCAACCAGGUCGUGCAGGAGGUGCGCAUUACCAACCAGACCAUGUACAUGCACCCAGCCAUCGAGCAGGCGCGCUACCAGAUCAUGGAACAACUCUUCGGCUGGCAGGCCAUUGUCACUUCACAGAACCGCAUUCAGAGCACGCGGUACCAGGUUGGGCUGGACAGACCUACCACACAAGUAUACAAAAACUUACUGACGAAACUGCCCGAGAGACACGCCUACAUCAAGGCAGCUUACAAGGCGAUUGAAAUGGUGGUGGACGAGGUUACCAACUACGUCAAGGAGUGGCUCCAGUACCAGUCGCUGUGGGACUUGCAACCCGACCACCUCUACGGCCAGCUGGGCGAUGAUGUGGCCAAGUGGAUGAAGCUGCUGCAGGAUAUCAAGCAGUGCCGUACCACCUUCGACACCUCUGACACCCGCCGCAAUUUCGGGCCCAUCGUUGUGGACUACACCAAGGUUCAGAGCAAGGUGUCCCUCAAGUACGACUCCUGGCACAAGGAUGUCCUCAGCAAGUUUGGGCAGCUGCUGGGCCAGGAGAUGACACAGUUCCAUGCCCAGGUCUCCAAGAGCCGCAGCGAGCUGGAGCAGCAGAGCAUUGAUGCAGCAAGCACGUCCGAUGCUGUGACCCUCAUCACCUACGUCCAGUCCCUCAAGCGCAAGAUGAAGACGUGGGAGAAACACGUUGAUAUGUACAAGGAGGGCCAGCGCAUUCUGGAGCGGCAGCGCUUUCAGUUCCCCAACCAGUGGCUGCACGUGGACAACAUCGAAGGUGAGUGGGGCGCCUUCAACGAGAUCAUCCGCCGUAAGGACUCCAGCAUCCAGACCCAAGUGGCAUCCCUGCAACUCAAGAUUGUGGCCGAGGACAAGGCGGUGGAGACCCGCACCAAUGACUUCCUGCAGGACUGGGAGCACGGCAAGCCUGUGGAGGGACACCUGCGCCCCGACGAGGCCCUGCAGCGCCUCACCAUUUACGAGAGCAAGUUCACCCGCCUCAAGGAUGACCGAGACAACGUGGCCAAGGCCAAGGAGGCCCUGGAGCUGCAGGAGCCUGGUGCCCUCAACACCUCGGAGGACAGGAUGACUGUAGCUUACGAAGAACUGCAGGACCUGAAGGGCGUGUGGGCCGAGCUGGCCAAGAUCUGGGAACAGAUUGAUGAGAUGAAGGAGAAACCAUGGCUCUCAGUGCAGCCCAGAAAGCUGCGUGCUCAGCUGGACCAGCUGCUGACCCAGCUGAAGGACCUGCCGGCCCGCCUGCGGCAGUACGCCAGCUACGAGUUUGUAAAGCGGCUGCUGCAGGGCUACACCAAGGUGAACAUGACCAUCAUCGAGCUGAAGAGCGACGCCCUCAAGGAGCGCCACUGGAAGACCCUCAUGAAGCAGCUGCACGUGUCCUGGGUGCUGAGCGACCUGACGCUGGGCCAGGUGUGGGACAUUGACCUGGUGAAGAACGAGGCCAUCAUCAAGAACGUGAUCAUCACGGCCCAGGGAGAGAUGGCCCUGGAGGAGUUCCUCAAGCAGGUGAGGGAGUCCUGGCAGAGCUACGAGCUCGACCUCAUCAACUACCAGAACAAGUGCAAGCUGAUCCGCGGCUGGGACGACCUUUUCAACAAGGUGAAGGAACACAUCAACUCUGUGGCUGCCAUGAAGCUCUCGCCCUACUACAGGGAGUUUGAGGAGGAGGCGCUCACCUGGGAGGAGAAGCUGAACAGGAUCAACUCUCUCUUUGACGUGUGGAUUGACGUGCAGAGGCGCUGGGUCUACCUGGAGGGGAUCUUCUCUGGCUCAUCAGACAUCAAAGCUCUGCUGCCUGUGGAGACGUCACGCUUCAGCAGCAUCAGCACCGAGUUCCUGAACCUGAUGAAGAAGGUCAGCAAGUCCCCAAUGGUGAUGGACGUGCUCAACAUUCAGGGUGUCCAGCGCUCCCUGGAACGCCUGGCCGACCUCCUGGGCAAGAUACAGAAAGCUCUUGGUGAAUACCUGGAGCGAGAGAGAUCCUCUUUCCCCAGGUUCUACUUUGUGGGAGACGAGGACUUGCUGGAGAUCAUUGGCAACAGCAAGAACAUCCCUCGGCUGCAGAAGCACUUCAAGAAGAUGUUUGCUGGAGUUACCGCCAUCAUCCUGGACGAGACAGAGACAGUGGUCACCGGCAUUGCUUCGCGAGAAGGAGAAGAGGUGCCCUUCAACAGUUUGGUGUCAACAGUUGACUUCCCCAAGAUCAAUGAGUGGCUGUCACAGGUGGAGAGGGAGAUGAGGAUGACGCUGGCCCAGAACUUGGCGGCGGCCGUUGGGGAGAUCAAGCAGUUCAAACAUGGCCCCAUCGACACCGCCAGCUACCUGGCCUGGUGUGACAAGUACCAGGCACAGCUGGUGGUGCUGGCGGCCCAGAUCUCGUGGAGUGAAGAGGUUGAGGCUGGCCUGGCGGCUGCAUCCAAUGGUGACUGUGGGCCACUGGAUCAGACCCUGGCCCAGGUGGAGGCCACCCUCACUGUGCUGGCCGACUCUGUUCUGCAGGAGCAGCCUCUCCUACGUCGCAAAAAGUUGGAGCAUCUGAUCAGUGAAUUUGUGCACAAGAGGACAGUGACCAGGAACCUGAUCAAGAACAAAGUGACCAAUCCCAAGUCCUUUGACUGGCUGUGCCAGAUGAGGUUCUACUUUGACCCCAAGCAGACUGACCCCCUGAAGCAACUCAGCAUCCACAUGGCUAAUGCUAAGUUCAACUAUGGCUUUGAGUACCUCGGGGUGCAGGACAAGCUGGUGCAGACGCCACUCACUGACCGCUGCUACCUCACCAUGACCCAGGCCCUGGAGUCACGCCUCGGAGGAUCGCCCUUUGGUCCGGCAGGCACUGGCAAGACUGAGUCGGUCAAGGCUCUGGGCAACCAGCUGGGCCGCUUCGUGCUGGUCUUCAACUGUGAUGAGACCUUUGAUUUCCAGGCUAUGGGCAGGAUCUUCGUGGGUCUCUGUCAGGUAGGGGCUUGGGGCUGCUUUGAUGAGUUCAACCGUCUGGAGGAGAGGAUGCUGUCAGCCGUGUCCCAGCAAGUUCAGACCAUUCAAGAAGCCCUGAAAGAAAAGGCCGGUAGCUCCAAGACUGCCGCCCAAGUGCUGACUGUGGAACUGGUGGGCAAGCAGGUGAAGGUCUCCACCGACAUGGCCAUCUUCAUCACCAUGAACCCUGGCUACGCUGGCCGCUCCAACCUGCCGGACAACCUCAAGAAGCUGUUCCGCUCCCUGGCCAUGACCAAGCCCGACCGCCAGCUCAUCGCUGAGGUCAUGCUGUUCAGUCAGGGCUUCAGGUCUGCCGAGAAGCUGGCCAGCAAAAUUGUGCCCUUCUUCAAGCUGUGUGAUGAGCAGCUGUCCAACCAGUCCCACUACGACUUUGGCCUGCGUGCCCUCAAGUCUGUCCUGGUGUCUGCCGGCAACGUGAAGCGUGACCGCAUCCAGCGCAUCAAGGAGGACCUCAGGAGCAGGGAGGAGGCAGUCAUCGACGAAGGCACCAUCGCAGAAAACCUCCCUGAGCAGGAGAUCCUGAUCCAGAGUGUUUGUGAGACCAUGGUGCCCAAACUGGUGGCCGAGGACAUCCCUUUGCUGUUCUCGCUGCUGUCCGAUGUGUUCCCCGGCAUUGAGUACACCCGGGCACAGAUGUCUGGCCUCAAGGACGAGAUCCGGAAGGUGUGUGCUGAACAGUUCCUGGUGUGUGGCGAGGGAGAGGAGCAAGGAUCACACUGGAUGGAGAAGGGGAGUAUCCCUGGGGAGGGCUGGUGCGAGAAGGUGCUGCAGCUGUACCAGAUCAGCAACCUCAACCACGGCCUCAUGAUGGUGGGGCCAAGUGGCUCUGGCAAGUCCACGGCCUGGCGGGUGCUGCUGAAGGCCUUGGAGCGCUUUGAGGGUACGGAGGGUGUGGCGCACGUCAUUGACCCCAAGGCCAUGAGCAAGGAGGCGCUGUAUGGUGUGCUGGACCCCAACACUCGGGAAUGGACUGAUGGCCUCUUCACACACAUCCUCAGGAAGAUCAUUGACAACGUGCGUGGGGAAAUCAACAAGCGACAAUGGAUCAUCUUCGACGGUGAUGUGGACCCCGAGUGGGUGGAGAACCUCAACUCCGUGCUGGACGACAACAAGCUGCUCACGCUCCCUAAUGGCGAGCGUCUCUCCAUCCCCCCCAAUGUUCGGAUCAUGUUUGAGGUACAAGACCUGAAGUACGCCACACUAGCCACUGUGUCUCGCUGUGGAAUGGUCUGGUUCUCUGAGGACGUGCUCUCUGUGGAGAUGAUCUUUGAGAACUACCUUUCCCGCCUGUGCAACAUCCCCGUGGAGGAGACGGAGGAGGACAUCGCCUUCAUCAAAAAGACAGACAAGAAAGCGGAGGACGAGAUCACUCCCACGCUGCAGGUACAGAGAGAUGUGGCUGCCAUCCUUGGGCCACACCUCACCCCAGAUGGCCUGGUGGUGAAGUGCCUUGAGUAUGCCACAACCAACCUGGAGCACAUCAUGGAUUUCACACGCAUGCGGGCACUCUCUUCCCUCUUUGCCCUCCUCAACCAGGCAGUCAGGAACAUCGUGCAGUACAACAAUGUCCACCCAGACUUCCCCAUGCACUCAGACCAACUUGAGAGGUACAUCCCUAAGGCCUUGGUGCACUCCCUGUUGUGGAGCUUCUCUGGUGACGGGAAGCUCAAGGCUCGAAGUGACAUGGGAGACUUCAUUCGCAACUCCACCACCAUCCCUCUGCCUCCCAGCACCAGCAAUCCAAUCAUUGAUUACGAGGUGGCCAUCAGCGGGGAAUGGAUGCUAUGGUCAGCCAAGGUGCCCAGUAUGGAGGUAGAGACUCACAAGGUGGCAGCUCCAGAUGUUGUUGUGCCCACGGUGGACACUGUGCGGCACGAGGCUCUCCUCUACACCUGGCUGGCCGAACACAAGCCUUUGGUGCUGUGUGGCCCACCAGGCUCAGGCAAGACCAUGACGCUGUUCUCUGCCCUGCGAGCUCUGCCGGACCUGGAGGUGGUGGGGCUCAACUUCUCCAGUGCCACCACCCCGGAGCUGCUGCUGAAGACCUUCGACCACUACUGCGAGUACCGCAAGACUCCCAACGGCAUCAUCUUGUCCCCGGUGCAGCUUGGCAAGUGGCUGGUGGUGUUCUGUGACGAGAUCAACCUGCCGGACAUGGACAAGUACGGCACUCAGCGCGUCAUCAGCUUCCUGCGGCAGAUGGUGGAGCACGGCGGCUUCUACAGAGUCUCAGACCAAGCUUGGGUGAAGUUGGAACGCAUCCAGUUUGUUGGUGCAUGUAACCCCCCGACUGACCCCGGGAGGAAGCCCCUCUCCCACCGGUUCUUGCGUCAUGUGCCAGUUGUGUAUGUGGACUACCCUGGAGAGACCUCCCUCAAGCAGAUCUAUGGCACCUUCAACAGGGCCAUGCUCAGGAUCAUCCCCUCUCUCAGAUCAUAUGCCGACCCACUCACCAACGCAAUGGUGGAGUUCUACCUGCAGUCCCAGGAGCGCUUCACCCAGGACAUGCAGCCCCACUAUGUGUACUCCCCGCGUGAGAUGACCAGAUGGGUGCGCGGCAUCUGUGAGGCCAUCAGACCUUUGGAGACCUUGGAUGUGGAUGGUCUGGUAAGACUGUGGGCCCAUGAGGCGCUGCGCCUCUUCCACGACCGCCUGGUGACAGAUGAGGAGCGCAAGUGGACCAACGAGCAAGUGGAUGCCACCGCCCUCAAGCACUUCCCCAACAUUGAACGUGACAAGUCUCUGGUACGACCCAUCCUGUACUCCAACUGGCUGUCCAAGGACUACCUCCCAGUGGACCAGGAGGAGCUGAGGGAUUAUGUGAAGGCCAGACUCAAGGUCUUCUACGAGGAGGAGCUGGAUGUGCCUCUGGUGUUGUUCAAUGAAGUGCUGGACCAUGUGUUGCGUAUCGACCGUAUCUUCCGGCAGCCGCAGGGUCACCUCCUGCUGAUUGGAGCCUCGGGAGCUGGCAAGACUACCCUGUCACGCUUCGUGGCCUGGAUGAAUGGUCUCUCCAUCUUCCAAAUAAAAGUACACAACAAGUACACUCCAGAGGACUUUGAUGAAGACCUACGAUCAGUGCUGCGGCGCUCAGGCUGCAAAGACGAGAAGAUCUGCUUUAUCUUGGAUGAGUCUAAUGUCCUGGACUCUUCCUUCCUGGAACGUAUGAACACCCUGCUGGCCAACGGUGAGGUGCCCGGCCUGUUUGAAGGGGACGAGUACACCACCCUCAUGACCCAGUGCAAAGAGGGCAGCCAGCGGGAAGGCCUCAUGCUGGACUCCAGUGAGGAGCUCUACAAGUGGUUCACUGGCCAAGUCAUGAGGAAUCUCCACGUUGUGUUUACCAUGAACCCCUCGGCUGAUGGCCUCAAAGACCGAGCCGCCACCUCUCCGGCACUCUUCAACAGGUGUGUCCUCAACUGGUUUGGUGACUGGUCCAACGGCGCCCUGUUCCAAGUGGGCAUGGAGUUCACUAACCGUAUUGACCUGGACAAGAUGAACUGGACGGCCCCAGACUACUUCCCGGUGGCCUACGAGUGUCUGCCAGCGCCGCCCAACCACCGCGACGCCAUUAUCAACGCCUUUGUGCACGUGCACCAGACCCUUCACCGAGCCAACACCCGCCUGGCCAAGCGUGGCAGCACCGUCAUGGCCAUCACCCCUCGGCACUACCUAGACUUCAUCAACCACUUUGUGAAGUUGUAUAACGAGAAGCGCUCAGAGCUGGAGGAGCAGCAGCUCCACCUCAAUGUGGGCCUGGGCAAGAUUGCUGAAACAGUGGAGCAAGUGGAACAAAUGCAAAAGUCCCUUGCCAUCAAAAACCAGGAGUUGCAGGCCAAGAAUGAGGCAGCCAACCUGAAGCUGAAGCAGAUGGUGAAGGACCAGCAGGAGGCUGAGAAGCAGAAAGUGGCCAGCCAGGAGCUACAGGAGCAGCUGGAGGCCCAGACAGUGCGCAUCACAAUCAAGCGUGAGGAGGUGAUGAAGGACCUGAGCAAGGUGGAGCCUGCGGUGCAGGACGCUCAGAAUGCUGUGAAGAGCAUCAAGAAGCAGCACCUGGUGGAGGUGAGAUCCAUGGCCAACCCGCCCCCAAUGGUGAAGCUUGCCCUGGAGUCCAUCUGCUUACUGCUGGGAGAGGCCACAUCAGACUGGAAGACCAUCAAGUCCAUCAUCAUGAAGGACAACUUCAUCAGCACAGUGGUCAACUUCAACACUGACGAAUUGCCUGAUGAAAUCCGUGAGAAGAUGCGUAGCAAGUACCUCAGCAACCCCGACUACAACUUUGAGAAGGUGAACCGUGCCUCGCUGGCCUGUGGGCCGAUGGUGAAGUGGGCCAUUGCCCAGAUCGAGUUUGCUGACAUGUUGAAGAGAGUGGAGCCCCUCAGGAAUGAAUUGAGCAGUCUUGAGGAUAUGGCUGAGGAGAACAAGAAGAAGCAUGAGGACGUGAAGGCCCUCAUCACACAGUUGGAGCGCUCUAUUGCUGCCUACAAGGAUGAAUAUGCACUGCUGAUCUCACAGGCGCAGGCCAUCAAGACCGACCUGGAGAAUGUGCAGGCCAAGGUGGACCGCUCCAUGGCCCUCAUCAGGAACCUCAGCAUUGAGAAGGACCGCUGGGCUGCCACCUCGGACACCUUCAAGUUCCAGAUGUCCACCAUUAUUGGAGAUGUGCUACUCUCCUCUGCCUUCCUGGCCUAUGGAGGCUACUUUGACCAGCAGUUCAGAGAGAACUUAUUCACCAACUGGUGCCAUCACCUGCAGCAGGCCAGCAUUCAGUUCCGAGGAGACAUUGCCCGCACAGAGUACCUGUCCAACCCUGACGAGCGGCUGCGCUGGCAGGCCAACGCCCUCCCUGCAGAUGAGCUGUGCACGGAGAAUGCCAUCAUGCUCAACAGGUUCAACAGGUAUCCUCUCAUCAUAGAUCCUUCAGGCCAGGCCACAGAGUUCAUCAUGAAUGAGUUCAAGGACAAGAAAAUCACAAAGACCAGCUUCCUGGAUGACUCCUUCAGGAAGAACCUUGAGUCUGCCCUCAGGUUUGGAAACCCAUUGCUGGUACAGGAUGUUGAGAACUAUGAUCCCAUCCUGAAUCCUGUGCUCAACCGUGAGCUACGACGAACUGGUGGCCGCGUUCUCAUCACUCUUGGAGACCAGGACAUUGAUCUCUCCCCGGCCUUCACCAUCUUCCUGUCCACCCGAGACCCCACGGUGGAGUUCCCGCCAGACAUCUGCUCUCGAGUCACAUUUGUCAACUUCACGGUGACGCGGUCGUCCCUGCAGUCCCAGUGCCUCAACCAGGUCCUCAAGGCUGAGCGGCCAGACAUUGAUGACAAACGCUCCAACUUGCUCAAGUUGCAGGGUGAGUUCCAACUGCGGCUGAGACAGCUGGAGAAAAACCUGCUGCAGGUACUGAAUGACUCGAAGGGGCAGAUCCUGGAUGAUGAUUCAGUCAUCACCACCCUAGAGACCCUGAAGAAGGAGGCAGCAGACAUCUCCCUCAAAGUGCAGCAGACUGACAAGACCAUGAAUGAGAUCGAGAUGGUGUCACAGCAGUACUUGCCACUCUCAUCGGCUUGCUCCAACAUCUACUUCACCCUGGAUGCUCUACACCAGAUCCACUUCCUGUACCAGUAUUCUCUGCACUUCUUCCUGGACGUGUUCACUGAUUGUCUCUCCAACAACCCCAACAUCAAGGACCAGACAGACUACUCCCGCCGCCUCUCCAUCAUCACCAAUGACCUCUUCCAGCUGACAUACAUGAGGGUGUCUCGAGGGAUGCUGCAUACAGACCGCCUGGUGCUGGCCAUCCUGUUGGCUCGCAUCCGCCUCAAGGGCGUGACCUCAGAGCCAUCCUACGACUCAGAGUUCCAAUUCCUUCUGAAGAGCAAGGAAGGCCUCCUGAACACUACCAUCUCAGCCAUGGCUGGCCUCACCCCAGAGCAGACAGAUUCUAUGCUCAGGCUCAGCAAAAAAGUGCCAGCGUUUGCCAAUGUGGACCGACUGGUGGGCGGCAAAGACUUCCAAGCUUGGCUAGAGUGUGCUGCGCCUGAGAUGAAUGUCCCCACCAUUUGGGAGACGGAGAAGCAGCUGUCGCCGGUGGGACAGUCCAUAUACCACGUGCUGGCCAUCCAGGCUUUCAGGCCCGACAGACUCUACGCUGCUGCUGGACUCUUCGUCAACAGCGUGUUGGGUGAUGAGUUCCUGGCCAUCGGGGAGCGCGAGGUGAACAUGCCAUCCGUGGUGGAGGGUGAGGUGAAGGCCAACACCCCAGUGCUCAUGUGUGCUGCUCAGGGCUUUGAUGCCUCAGCCAGAGUUGAUGACCUGGCUACUGAGCUCAACAAAUCUAUCACAUCCAUUGCCAUUGGCUCAGCAGAGGGCUUCAGCCAGGCAGAGAAGGCCAUCAACUCAGCUGUCAAGAACGGAAGAUGGGUGAUGCUGAAGAACGUCCACCUGGCGCCUGGGUGGCUUGUACAGCUGGAGAAGAAGCUGCAUUCCCUCCACCCACACCCACAGUUCCGUCUCUUCCUCACCAUGGAGAUCACCCCACGCCUGCCUGUCAACCUCUUGCGUGCUGGCCGGGUGUUUGUGUUCGAGCCGCCACCUGGUGUCCGUGCCAACCUGCUGCGGACCUUCAACACGGUUCCGGCCUCCAGGAUGAUGCGGUCACCCAACGAGCGUGCACGCCUCUACUUCCUCCUGGCCUGGUUCCAUGCCAUCACACAGGAACGUCUGCGCUACGCCCCGCUGGGCUGGGCCAAGUACUACGAGUUCAAUGAGUCCGACCUGCGGGUGGCCUGUGAUACCCUCGACACCUGGAUUGAGGCCACAGCUAUGGGCCGAACCAACCUGCCGCCAGAGAAAGUGCCGUGGGAUGCCCUGGCCACGCUCAUGUCCCAGUGUAUCUAUGGAGGCAAGAUUGACAAUGAGUUUGACCAGCGACUCCUCACUUCCUUCCUCGCCAAACUCUUCACACCCAAGAGCUUUGAUCCAGAGUUUCCAUUGGUCUGCAACGUGGAUGGUAACGAGGGCCAGAACAUCACCAUGCCAGACGGGAUCCGCCGUGACCAGUUCCUGCACUGGGUGGAGUCCCUCACUGACCGCCAGACCCCCAGCUGGCUGGGCCUGCCCAACAAUGCUGAGAAGGUCCUGCUCACCACCAGGGGCACGGACAUGCUGAGCAAGCUUCUAAAGAUGCAGGUGUUGGAGGAUGAUGAAGAGCUUGCCUAUGGAGGAGAAGACACUCCUGGGACUGAGCGCAAGGACAUCGAGGGCCGGCCAUCCUGGAUGGUGACACUGCACCAGUCUGCUGCCACCUGGCUCUCUCACCUCCCCGAGUCCGUGCCCAACCUUCGCCGCACGCUGGACAACAUCAAGGACCCGCUCUACCGCUACUUUGAGCGGGAGGUGAACUCUGGCGCCAAGCUGCUGCGUGUUGUGAAGAAUGACCUGAAUGAUGUCCUCUUGAUCUGCAAGGCUGAGAAGAAGCAGACCAACUACCACCGUACCAUGGUGAGUCAGCUGGUGAAGGGCAUCAUCCCAGACCAGUGGCAGGCCUACACGGUGCCACGUGGAGCAACCGUCAUUCAGUGGAUCACUGACUUCUCUCAGCGUGUCAAGCAGCUGCAGGAGAUCUCGCAGCAGGUGGCUCAGUUUGGCGCAGGAGAACUCAAGAAUGUGACUGUUUGGCUGGGAGGUCUGUUCAAUCCUGAAGCCUACAUCACUGCGACGCGGCAAUGUGUGGCACAGGCCAACUCCUGGUCUCUGGAGGAGCUCAUGCUGGAAGUCUCCAUAGCAGACUCUGAGGGGCAGGUCACCGCAGGUGGUGGUUUCUCUGUCAAGGGACUAAAGCUGCAGGGAGCCGUGUGUGUGAGCAAUGCCCUGCAGCUGACCCACACCAUCAUGACGGAUCUGCCCAUGGUGACACUCCACUGGAUCCACCGGGAAGUCACCGAGACCAACAAGAUCACGCUGCCGGUGUACCUGAAUGCCACUCGCACGGACAUCCUCUUCACAGUUGACUUGAACAUUGCAACCAACCAGAAUGCCCACAGCUUCUAUGAGAGGGGAGUAGCCCUCCUUGCAUCCAUCAACCUCAAUUAAGAUGUCUUUUGAAGAGGAAGCCAUACUGAAAUAUUACAAUAUGGCAAAUUAAUGCAGAGCAAGCUUUAAGUAUUUCUUUUAAGAUAAUUAAGGGAAUUUUAACCAUUAACCAUGUAAACCAUUAUGAAUUAUACUAAAGGAAUAUGUUGUAGGUGAAGAGACCUCCAAAAUUAUUCAGAUGUUUCAGUUCGUGGUGAAAAUAAUAAAUCAGUAUUUAAA